AUGGCAGGAAUCACUCAGGCUAAUAAAACAGACAUGAUGAUGGUUCAUUUUGUCUCUCAGAUCUUGGAUGAGGUUCUGGGAAUCAACUACAUGGAUGAGCAAACACUUUCUCAGGUGAAGGACUCGCAUGAAUCAGCCAUGAAUGUGAAUGAAGACACUGAUUCCAGGAGGCUUGGAGCCACUAACAAAGUCUGUUUGUAUUCCAUCAUCGCCACCCUGGGUGUGUUGCUCGUCUUUGCCUUGGCCACCAUCAUGGUCCUGGUCGUCCAGAGGACGGAAGCUGAUCCUGCCAUGGAGGGCAUCAAAAAACCCAUCAGGACAGGUAACACCUUUGAAGACUAUUUGAGGAUCCUACAGAGUGUCCCAGCAGCCAAUGGAACUGCUGCCUACAUGAGAGUGUCCAGGGCUGUGAACAGCUCCAAGCUGAGCCUGGUGGAGAAGGGGAUCUGUGAGGCCAUCAAGUGCCAGAGCCCAGAGCUGGUGAUCAGGGAACAAGGCCUCUACUUGAUCUUCUGCAACUUGAACUUUCACUUUCCCAACUGCUCCAAGAGCCCCAUCGACCUCAAGAUCGAGCUCCUGGUGAACGACAGGGUGGACAGGCAGACGUUGUCCACAUUCUGUGCCUCAGAAACGUGCCAAGACGAGACUUUUAAGACCUUGAUCCAGCUGCACUUGACACACCUGGACAAGGAGGACAAAAUAUCAGUAACACUGAACCAUCCUGAGUUCCUGAAUGACGUUUCUCUUCCCAAUGAAAAUGUUCUUGGGGUCUUGAAGUACAGCGAUGGAAUGGGAGCAGCUCCCUGA